AUGGUAAAAGUUACGAUAUGUAGUUUUGGAAGAGAAUGUCCGGAUGAUCAGCUGUGGGUAUACGUAAACGUGACGGAAUCAGAUCGAGAAGAGUACCACAUCAAUAGGACCAGAGCAAGCUCUCUUUUUGAAUGUACACGAAAAUGUUACAACGAUCCUCGGUGUUUCUCAUUGAAAUACCGCGAAGCGGACUCAUCAGGUUGCGUGCUAACCGGUUUUGGCUCUGAAUCCUGCCAUAAGAUUAUUUCCGUACCAACUACUAAAAUCAAAUAUGAUAUCAAAACACUUAUCACUAUUGAUUGUAUAAAAUGCAAAUUAACGAAGCAAUUUAAUUCAAAAGAGCUGAAGACAUCUUCUGAGCCAAACGACAAUAAUGAACUGUCUUUCUCAUUUUCAGGAGAGCCAUUUAAUGAUACAGCACUGCAGUCGUUAUUAACCUUGGGAAAUACAAUUGCAUCUGUUUCUGGAACGGAUGCAUGCCAACCUGAAGCAAUGAGAUGUCACGAGGACAUAUGGUUUAUUGCCGAAGAAGAGACUAACUCGGCAACUUCUGAUUUCUUAGAGGUAAUAACCACGGCCAACUCAGUCCGGGAAUGUGCUGAAAAGUGUUUCGACAGUUGUUGUAAGACUUGGAAUUUCUUGGUUGCAAAAAAGAAAAAAGUCAACAAUAACAUUUACUAA